AGAGAGCGAGAGACAGUGAUGUCAUGCUACGUGACAUAUGUGAUUUUCACGCCAUUUCCGCUGCGUACCUCACGUGACCUGUCACGUGAUUUUCUGGAUCCCUCCGGGGCACAAGGAUCUUCGGGAACCUUCUGGAACCUUCCCGCGCAUAUCUCACGUGACCUAUCACGUGACUUUCUGGACCCCUCCGGAGCACAAGCAUUGGGAAUAUCUUCGAUUGGCAAUAGAGUAGUUUGGCAAUAGUUUACCUGUACUUCACAUGACUCACGUGACCUAAAAUCAAUGAUCUGAUUGGCCGAAACCCUGUGGAAAAUCAUAUAAAAGGCCAUGCAGAGGUCAAGGCAAUCACUCGCCAGCACGAGACCUUUUGUUGAGAAAAUGUCUCGAAUGCUUUCCACUCGCCGCUGCCGCAAGCCGAGGAAUUCCCCUGGAGUCCGUGCCUUGUUUUUCGACGAGGAGACAGUGGACGAUCCCCAACCGUCCACUUCCAGAGGAUAUCCUCGCUUGCGGAAUGCCACAGACCCGCUCCUCUAUCUGUACUCAUCCGCCAACGAAGUCGAUGAUGAGGGCUCAGAUGAGGACUACACACCUCCUCUGAAAUUCUCAAGGACAAGUAAUCUCUCUGAAGUUGAAAUCUCCGGCCAGUUCAACGGUGACGACUCGGAUUGGGAGGAAUCCGAGUCCGACUCCGGAGAAUCUGCCGUGGAGGACAACUCGGAUGGAGAUUACGACUAUGUCCCGCUGGUGGAUACCUCCAUGGACUCGGACGAGCCCCUCGCGGAAUACGGCAGGCGAAAGUGGGAGCGCAACGCUCCCGGAACCCCUUCUUUUGCUUGUGCAAAGGAGGAGAACUUCGUCAGGCAUCACUGCUUCGAGGGGACACCGGGUGUGCACGCACACCUUGACGAAUCGUCCUACCCGAUGGAGAUAUUCAGCAGCUUCUUCCCAGAGGAGUUGUUUCAAACAAUUGUGGAGGAGACGAAUCAGUAAGCAACCUACAUGUUUUUUUGUGCUCUGC